AUGGCGUCUCUCUCCCACUGCUCCGUUCCUUUUUAUUCGUCACACUUACCUUCACUCUCUCCGCCUCUUCACAAACCCUUAAACCCUAAACCCCUUAAACCUCACCCAAUUAUCCUCUCUAAAACAACAACGCAUGCCUCUUUCUUCUUUGCGCAGACAAGAGCUACCCUUGCCGACGACAACCCAACACAACAAGAGCAACCCAAUCAGGAAGUUGAAGAGUGUGUGAAAGUGCUCAAGUAUGCAGCCAAGACAAGAAAAGUUCCAGCCGAUGAGAUUCUGCAUGCUUUUUCCGUGAUUGAGAAAUCAAAGCUUGAUCCAUCUGGGUUUUUUGAAACUCUUGGCGGAAUCGAGUCGCCUGGAAGGACUUGGAUGCUUGUUUUUACCGCAGAGAAAAAGCUAGUGCGUGGUAAAUACUUCCCAAUUACAGCCGUUCAGAGGUUUGAUGCAGCUGGGAAAAGGAUUGAGAACGGGGUUUAUCUUGGGCCUCUUGGGUGUUUGACGUUUGAAGGCAGGCUUUCGUGGAAAAAGAGAAUACUCCCGUUCCUAUUCGAACGUGUCCGGAUAAAAAUUGGUGUUCUUGGGCCAUUUGAGAUCACAUUUAAAGGAAAAGAUGAGAGGGAGCCAGGGAGCAAGGACCCGUUUUUCAUUUGGUUUUAUAUCGAUGAAGAAAUUGCGGUUGCCCGUGGCAGAAGCGGAGGAACUGCUUUCUGGGUCAGAUGUCAACGCAUUGGCUACUAA